UCCGGUUGUUCGGUAGUGCGAAUUUUUGGCGCGUGUGAUUUUGAUUCCUGUGCUUUUUCUCAGGAUUUUUGCCACAGAAGGACGCUACGGAGGAAGCUAGGGGACCGAGAUGGCUUCUGAUCAUCUUGUGGCGACUUGUGUGCUGAUAUUCGGAAUGCUGGUCGCAACAGGUGUCACUCAGAGUCAGACCCCAGUAGAUAGAACAGCCAUCGAAGGGGACCAUGUGGAGUUACGCUGUGACACUGCAUAUGACAGGACCAAGGACUUCUACUGGUCGGAGGCAGUCAUUGGCAUCAUUUUAUAUAGACCUGCAGGUGCAGAUGUGAAUAAUGUCACAAUUCCCAUCUCGAGGUAUCGAGGCCGCGUAAGCCUGGUGGGGUUGGAUAGUUCGAACCUCAAGAUUAAAAACGUCACAAAAGCAGACGAGGGGUCCUAUAACUGCCAGCAAGUGGGAGCAGUUCAACAAGGGACUCUUCAAAGACUUCAAGUACUUGAAGCUGUACCUCCGGACCCGGCUGCCCCCACCAUCACAGGCUACAGCGGGGGCUUCCUCACACCUGGCUCUAAUGUUACUCUCACCUGUGUGUCUACGGGUGCCAGGCCACCUGCAAACCUCACCUGGUGGACAGGUAAUACACAGCUGAAGGCCAGAAACAGUAGUACCCCUGACAGUACCUGGCAGGGUGAUACCAGGAGUGAGGUGACCAUUCCAGAUCUGAAGUUGUCAGACAACGGUAGAGUCUACCAGUGUCGGGCCAGUCACCGAGCACUAGCACAGGUGGAGACCAGCCAGGUCACAGUCAGUGUGGCAUAUCCAUCAAGAGGACUAUCUGGUUGGAAAAUCGCUGUAAUCGUUCUUGGUGUUUUUGUUGCUAUCGGUGUGAUCAUUGGAAUCGUAGCUACUGCAAUUCUCUGCAAAAAGUACAAUUGUCCACAAGAGAGACGAAGCAGCAGAGACUCAACAGAGAUGAGGGAACGGAGGACAGGAGGAGCAACAAGUUCUGACCAACACGAUGGGUCUCAUGUACGGAUGCCUUGGGAAAGUGAGGCCUUACUACCUACAUCAAGCCCUCCAGAGGCCCAGUUCACAGUAACAGGUAAUGCAGAGAUAAGAAGCAACGGUGAUGCUAAUUCAACAGAGAGGGACAACAUGGGGAGAGAAAGAGAGAGACGAAGCGGCGGCGACUCAUUAGAGAUGCGCAACAGAAGGACAGGAGGAGCAACAAGUUCUGACCAACACGAUGGGUCUCAUGUACGGAUGCCUUGGGAAAGUGAGGCCUUACUACCUACAUCAAGCCCUCCAGAGGCCCAGUUCACAGUAACAGAGAUAAGAAGCAACGGUGAUGCUAAUUCAACAGAGAGGGACAACAUGGGGAGAGAAAGAGCAACAAGUUCUGUCCAACAUGACGAGUCUUCAGUUGAACAGCAAACCCCUCCACCUGUACAGCCACCUUCUUCACCUGCACAGCUACCUUCUACACCUGCACAGCUACCUUCUACACCUGCACAGCUACCUUCUACACCUGCACAGCUACCUUCUACACCUGCACAGCUACCUUCUACACCUGCACAGCUACCUUCUACACUUGCACAGCAAACUCCACUUGCACAGCAAACUCCACUUGCACAGCCACCUGAUGAAAGGGAGCCCUCACUACCUACAGAGGCCCAGCCCACAGGAACAGGUCAGACGUUUUCAGAUGAUUUGUCUGACCAAGCUGAAGGCCCCUUAGAUCUUUUAUUAGGCCAGUCUACAGGAACAGGCCAGUCUGCUCAGGAUGGUGCAUGUGGCGGAGGCACACCGGAUGAUACUAAUGAUGACGCUCCUCCAGUUAUGAACACAGAAAAGCAAGGACCACCGUGGACGGACCUGUUCAAAAUUGUGGAGAAUACACUGCCGCCAGAGAACUGGCUCCGUUUGGCAGAAGCGUUGGGAGUGAGUAAUAAACUAAUAUCCAGCAUAGAAAGAGCACCCUUCUGUCAAUCACAAGGCAAGCUGCAUCAACUUUUGCGGCAGUGGGUGGAAGAAGAUGAGGCGGCAUCACCAGAAGCACUCGCUGCUGCACUUUGCAAGUGUGGAUUUGUUGAAGUAGCAGAUAUGGUGAAAAAAUGCUGCCAGACUUAUUAUAGAGCUUAGAUAAAAAAAAUGUCUGGAAGUCAGAUUCACCUUGACUUGAUUUUAUGAAUGGCAUUCAAGUCACAUAACAUCUAAGCUUAAAAAAGUACUGCCAUUCCAGAGGAUAUUGUUCUCUGUAUGUAGAUAUAGGUGAGAUUGUGCAAAUAAGAAGUUACUGUAAGAAGAAAACUAAGGUUAUUGUUGAUUUAGAAUUAAUGGGAAAAUAAUUGUUAAGAGAAAAUAUUUUGAAAAUAUUUUGAAGCUCUUGACGUACAGAAAUUAAUGUAUUUUUUUGAGAAAAUGUACUUUUUCAUGUUUUUAAAACUAAGGAUAAUUUUACAUGCAAUAGUCAAAACAUGUAAUUUAGUCAACAGUGUAUAGUACUCGUAUAGUAUAUGUACAACUGCCCAUUAUACUCUUGAUGAAUAUAGUAUAGCGUACAUGUACGUGUGGAU